AUGUUCACAGUCCAACACCUCCUCGCCUCCGACCACCUGAUCGCCGCUCUCAUCCCCCUCGUCCUCCUCGUCCUCAGCCUCCACAUCCUCGGCCACCCCAAACACCUCCUCCCCCUCAUCCUCGGGCCCGCCCGCCCCCGCGCCGCCGUGCCCGCCCACUUCUCCGUCGAGCGCGCCGCGGCCUCCUACGCGCAGUACGCCCGCCUCGCGCGCGCCGAGCUCGCCGUGAUGCGCACCGCGUACGCCCGCCUCCGCUGGGCGCACCGCCGCGCCGGCUACGACCUCGGGUACCCGCGCAAGCUCGCCCGCGCGGACGACGCGGUGCGCACGAACGCCGUCGUCGCCGACGCCGUCGCGCGCCUCGCGCACCGCGCGUUCCCGGACGAGCUCGCGCCCGGUGGGGGCUUCCUCCGCCCAGGCGUGGCGGGGGACCUGGGGCGCGUGCGCGAGGCGCUGAAGCACUUCGUGCGGGACUGGAGCGAGGAGGGCCGGGCGGAGCGCGAGGCGAUCUUUGGGCCGGUGCUGGAGGUGCUGGGGGAGGUCGAGCCUGCGCGGCGCGAGAGCAUGCGGGUGCUGGUGCCGGGUGCGGGCCUCGGGAGGCUCGCUUGGGAGAUCUCGCAGCUGGGGUACGCGACCACCGCGAACGAGCUCUCGUACUUCAUGAACCUCGCCCUCCGCUUCCUCCUCUCCGAAGACUGCACGCGCGCGCCGAACCAGCACGUCCUCCAGCCGUACGCCAGCUGGUUCUCGCACCAGCGCACCGCCGACGCCGUCUUCCGCGAGGUCGCCUUCCCCGACGCCGUCCCGCGGCUCUCGGACCGCUUCGCGCUCGCGGAGGGCGACUUCCUCGCGCUGCGCGCGCCCGCGGGCGCGGACGGCUACGACGCCGUCGUCACGCUCUUCUUCAUCGACACCUCGCUCAACGUGCUCGAGACCCUCGAGCACGUCCACAGCCUCCUCCGCCCUGGGGGGCGCUGGAUCAACCUCGGGCCGCUCCUCUGGACGAGCGGGGGCGCGACGGCGAUGGAGCUCAGCUUGGAGGAGGUGCUGGCGCUCGCGGCGACGGUUGGGUUCGACGUCGCCCCGCCAGACGACGGCACGAAGUGCGCGCGGCGGACGGUGGAGUGCGAGUACACGGCGGACAAGACGGCGAUGAUGAGGUGGUUGUACCAGGCGGAGUUCUGGGUGGGGACGAAAAGGUGA